GAGAGAGAAGGAGAGAGACAGACAUAAAGAGAUGGAGGGGUGGGGGGGGCAGAGGGAGAUAAAGAGGUUCAGAGGAGGCGUCUGCUUUCACAGAUCGACUGUUUGCUGAGGAACUGAUUCAGAGGAACGUCGACACGAAGGAGACGCUGCUGCUCUCUGCUCUCUGUUCUCUGGUUAUCUCUUCUUUCUUUCUUUCAUUCUUUCAUUCUUUUAUUCAUGUGUUCAUCAGUCUGCUGGUUAAACCCUCUGAGGAGUGAGAUGUUUGUCUGCAGGAUUUCUGUUCUCUCAGCUGUGCUGCUGGUGUCAUCGUGGUGCGUUCAGGGCCUGCGUGUGGACGUGUCUCCCAGAAGGCACCUGUUCAGACUGGGGGAGCGAGGGGAGCUGGUGUGCCGGGUCCAGGACUGUCCCACGAUGCCAAGCGUCUCCUGGUCUCUGCUGGAGGACCGACCUCUGACGGCCUCCGUCAGCACCAACAGGACUCAGUCCGUGGUGACCUUUGACCCCGUGAUGGUGGAGCAUGAAGGAGCUCUGCUGUGUCGGGUCAGCUGUGGAGGACAGAAGAAGCAGGUCAAGACCUCCGUGCACGUUUACUGUGAGUUCACACACACACACACACACACACACACACACACACACACAUACUCCAGUACACAUUGAAGGUACUUGUACUUCAGAGUAUUUCCAUGUUCUGAUACUCUCUGAUGUAAACGUUGGUAAUCUGCUGAGUCAUGGUUCAGCUGAGUUCUGAUGAGUCUUGGUUCAGCUGGGUCCUGAUGAGUCGUGGUUCAGCUGG